AGCGUGCGAGCGAGCUCGCCACGGCCAAUACCUAGACGCUCCCAGCUUCGAUUCCCUCCACCCGCCGCCGCCGGAGAAGCCACUCCCUCCGCCGUCGUCCACCUGCCGGAGGUACUCAGAUAGAAGAGGCGGAGAGAUGUGGUACCUUUGCGUGUUCUACCAUCGGCUCCUGGACUACCGGCGGCCGGAGGUGCAAUCGCUCGCCGAGCUCUUCGGUGGCCCCGGCGCCGGGGACGCCGUCGAGUGGCGUAUGCCCGAGAACCACCACGAGGACUCCCCCUUCCACCUCGUCCGCCUCCCCGGCGACGAGCGUCUCGCCGCGCAGAUCGCCAACCGCAGCCUGCUCGUGAAGGGGAUCUAUGAACUGUGGGGACAUGGCGCCACCUACGACGAACUGGAGAAGGCGAUACGGGAGUACCCCGACGAAAGGAAGCUGCCGUACCUGACGCCGGAAAGCUCCUUCAAGAUUGUCGUCGACAGCUUCGGCAAGGUGAUCAGCUUCGAAGAACAGAAUGAGAUCAUAAAGGGCUUCACUUACAUUCCAUUCGAGGGCCGUGUUAAUUUGAAGAAGCCCGACAUCAAGUUCUUUGUCUUGGAGACAGAUGAUUAUGGGUCUCAAAAUGGCCUCCCACCAGUUGUCCAGAAGAUGGUGUUCUUUGGCCGGGAGGUUGGAGCAGCAGAUAGGCAUCUAUUGCCGACGUAUCAGUUGAAGAGCAGGAAGUACAUUGGCCCGACUGCAAUGGAUUGUGAAAUGGCGUUUCUCAUGGCCAACCAAGGGCUAGCACGGUCUGGGAAACUUGUGUAUGACCCUUUUGUUGGCACUGGGAGUAUUUUAGUUGCUGCCGCGCAUUUUGGAGCCAUGACUAUGGGUGCAGAUAUUGAUAUAAGGGUCGUGCGGGAUGGGCGUGGUCCUGAUUGCAACAUUUGGAGCAACUUUGAGCAGUACAAGUUGCCAGAGCCUUUGUGUGUGCUGCGAGCAGAUAACAACCUGCCACCUUGGCGUCCAGGAUUGAAGGAGAUUUUUGAUGCAAUUAUUUGCGAUCCCCCCUAUGGUGUCCGAGCUGGUGGGCGCAAGUCUGGCGGCCGGAAGCUCCUAAAAGGCAUCAUCCCUCCAUACACAGUUCCGGACGAGAAGAGAGAGAACCACAUUCCAUCAACUGCGCCAUAUAGUCUCGCCGAAUGUGUUCAUGACCUGCUCCACCUUGCUGCGAGAAUGCUGGUGGUUGGCGGCAGGCUCGUCUUCUUCUAUCCAAUGCUGCGAGAGGACGAUGCUGCUGGUGCGGCGAAAUUCCCGGAGCACCCCUGCUUCAAGUUGGUCUCCUCCUGCGAGCAGAUCCUAAGCCUGCGGUACAGCCGGGUUCUGCUGACCAUGGUGAAGGUGGGGCCCUACACGGAGGAGGUGGAGAGGAUGGGCGAGGAACGGCACCAGGAGUUCAGGGAGAAUCACCAGAAAUGGAUGGAGGAGGGCAACCUGCACUCUGCUGUGUUCAGCCCGGCGGAGCAUGAUAAGAAGUCUGAAUCUGAUAGAGGUUCCAAGCCCAAGUACAGAGGCAAGUACGUGUAGUGAUGAAAACACUCUGGGGUCAAUGACAAUUUUGUUGAUCUUCUGUUGUUUGUAUCUCUCAGUGAUGGUUCUUGUAUGGCUUGUUCUAGCUUUACAAGCUAGCGCCAAUUAGUGCAAGUAAUUGUAUGCUGAACUCUCAACUUGAUGUCAUGCCAGGCUAACUCAUUUUGAUUCACUGUAGGUUUUUUACUAA